AAAACUCGAUACUCUUUUAUCGGGCCGCGAUUAUUCCUCUAUCUCUCCCAGAUACUCUGGUGCCAACAUUGUACGCUCUCGAAAACGAUUUCAUUUGUCACGCGUCUGUCAGCGAUAACGUCUAUUCCUCUCUCUUUCUCUAUCUAUCUAUCUAUCUCUGUCUCGUUUUGUAUUAUACAUCGGCGUGAAGGGGAAGAUAAAGACGGGAUGUAUAACGGAGCAUGUUUUCCUCGAGCAGAGUCUAUCGCCAGACUGCGCCACGAAUGAAACGCGUUCGUUUUCUUCUCGUAGUCUACGCGCGCUCGCGGCAGACUUAUCGCGCGCGAACUCCCAUGCGGCAGCACAGUUCGGAGGAUAUCACGAGGAGGAGGAGAUCUCUCCGCGUCGCUUCUUUCACGGAACUCGGUGCGCGUCCAUUGGAUUGCGCGUCGCUCCCACCUCGGCCGCGCGUUUUCUCGAUCGACGUUGGCGAACGCGCGACACCACGGCCGACAGUCGCGCGUAGUCGGCCGCGUCGCUCGGUGACGUCGUUUCUAACCGAUGAAUUGAGUCGAGUCGAGUCGAGUUAAAAGUCGAGUUGAGUCAAGUUUCGCCAGUAGUCUGAAUUCGCACGUGGUUUCCGGACUACCGACCUGUCGCGAGAGAGUCCCCGGUCCGCGCGUAAGCGUAGUUGCAAAGUUCCGACGUCGGCACAAAGUUGUACGAUUCUUUCAUGGCUCGGAGAGAAGGCGUUAAAUUUCGGCCUGGCGCCCCAUAGUCCUCGCGUUAGCGGCCGAAGUUUAUUUUACCCCCGCGCGAGGCGAGCGCGCGGCACUUUUCGACGUGUCGGAGAAGCGGGACGGGGUAGCGAACAGGGAGAAAGAGCGGAAGAAGAAGCGAGAGAGGCAGAGAGUGGAAGAGAACCGUCGUCGUGCAUCGCGCGCGAAAGUUUUCGGCGCGGUGCAAGCGGAUAAGGCAGCAGUAGUGCCGUGGAAUAUUUUAACAUAUAUCACGGCUGGAGAGAAAGAGACGAGAAAUUGGGACGAGGGAUUGUUGCAACGCGCACAGCGAUUGCUGUCUUUCUUCCUCUCUUGUACCUCGCUACUUGGUCGGCUACUCCUCUUUUCCGCUUUUCGUCUUCCUCUCGUUCGCGCGGCAACUCCUCCGCUCGUCGUCGCCGGAUCAACGUGCCCUCCUUUGUAGUGGUGGUGACGGUGGUUGGUGAUGGUGGUGAUAUGCCGUCCUGUAUGACGACGUGACCCGUACCUACGUGUACGAGGACGCGGAGGAGUCGGUGUAUCGUCGAAUCAGCGCGCACACGUUCCCGCCGCCAGCAUGUUUGUCUGCCACACCGACUACGGCGGCUAUAAAAUGUAUGGCUCGGAUGAAUUCGGGCAGGACUCGCCGAGAUACACGUCGCCGAAGGGUGCCCUUUACACGGAUUCCUAUUACAUCGAUGGUAAUACUGGAACCGGUCCCGGUGACCCAUGGACGGGUAGCGGCGGUGGUGUCCAACCCCCAUACAGUGGAUACGCACCCUCUCACCUGGCGCAGCCAGCCUAUCCCAUGCACCUACCCCACGACCCUAUGGCAUACUCGGCGAUGUCACCGAACGGUGAAUCUGCAGCGCCGAUCCUGGGCUCGGCGGUGACCAAUGCGGCUUCCCUGCCGCCAAUGUCGACAUUCCGGGGUAGUGCCGCGGUCGCGGCGAACAGCGGCACAGGAGCGCCGUCGCCGGCAUCGUUGCAAUAUAGCCAUAGUCCUGGUGCACCGACGACCGCGCCUUCCGCGCCCAACACUGCGCCCACGACGAACCAGCAAUCCACCACGGACGACACCCUCGGCAAAACCCUUGCAUCCGUCGUGAGCACCCGAAUUUAUCCCACGGACCAAUCAGUAUCCAGUUAUAGCAGUAAUCCAUCUACACCCGUCAGUUCGCCACCACCUUUAACCGGCUCGGCGCCAGGUUGGGCACCUGGAGCCGCGCCAGUCUCGCCGCAUUUUACGGCGGACCCAAAUCGUGGUAUUCACAUGCCGGCGCCUGAACAGCAGAGGCUAGACGAUGCCAUCGGCUUCCUUCGCGACCACCCCGAGGAGUGCUCGGCUGGCGGUUGUAAGAUAUGUUCGAAAAAACACAGCACUCUGUUGCAUGCGGAGCGAGAAUUACGGGAUAGCAGCGAGGCGACGAAUAAACAAGCCGCAUCGCCGCCAGUCGAGCCGACUCAAGUAACAAAUGUCGUGUGCACCCACGCUCAAUCAAAAGAAACAUUAGAAUCAAAACACGUGUUGUUAUCAACAGCGUUGGUAAAGGUUAAAGCUAAAAACGGUCAAUUUUUCACGGGCAGGGCUUUAUUAGAUAACGGAUCACAAUCCAACUUUAUCACUAACGACUUUGCGAAAAAAUUAAACAUGCCGACGUUUAAAGAAAAUAUAGAGAUCCGAGGCAUAAAUCAACAGGCUGUUUGUUCCACAGACUCAGUCAACUUAAAAAUUACUUCCCGCUUCGGCACUUUCGGUACAGAGUUAACCCAAAGCGCGUUGGAAUUACAUAAAUGGAAUGCAAACGUACCCUCACUUAGUCAAACUAGUCCAUGGAAAACCGAUGCAGUAAGCAUCGGGGAGGAAGCUGAAUCCAAGUUAUUUGGGGUACUGUGGAACCCUAUUAAGGACGUUUUUAGUUAUAAGGUAACGGUACAAGGCAGCGAGGUGCGCACAACGAAGCGUACGGUUCUAUCACAAAUCUGUAGAUUUGUUCGAUCCACUGGGCUUGGUGGGUCCAGUCAUUACGUUAACAAAGAUUAUAAUGCAAGAACUGUGGAGCUUGGGCAUAGGUUGGGAUGA